UCCGCUACGAAGCCUCAGCUCAGCUCAGCCUCCCAUUGCACCACACAAUGGCAGAUCCCACAUCAAGCGCCAGCGCCCCAAUCGCGGGUCCCUCCCGCCCAUCCCCACCCCGUUCUAAAGCACACGCAGCGCCCGCGCAGCGCAUUCGCACCAGCUGUAUCCCCUGUCGUAAGCGCAAGACGAAAUGCGAUGGUGAUAAACCUUGCUCAUCUUGCGCUAUGAGGGGCGCAGGGGGGAGCUGCGCUUACCCUGAUGAGAUGGAGGGGGAGGGGUCUAGAGAGGGGGGCAGGCCGGGGAUGGGAGUGGGAGAGACACAACCUGGGGCUGGGGCUGGAGCUGGAUCGCAAGGGAGCUACCCAGUCGUGAAUGGUAGUGGGAGAGCAAGACGCAGGAGAAGCAGCAGUAGAGAUUCUCUCCCCGGUCCUUCCUCCCUCUCUGCCUCUGCCUCCAAGCGCAAGCGGCCUACCGAGGGCAGCGAGCAGCGACAUCUCUCCCGUGUUCCCCUAGACGGGCCCUCCUCGCGUGAGGAUCUAGCAAGACUCGUGACUGGGUUGCAGGAAAGUGUAGAGGACCUACAGAGGGCGGUAGGAUCGCAUCGCUGUGAGCCUUUGGAGCGACAGACAGUCAGGCCGCACCCAAAUCCACUGCCGGGACGAUGCUCGGGGGUGUUGCUGGAGAGGAUGGUGGCGGCUCUGCCUCCGCAGGUGGAUUGUGAGGUUAUGCUGGAAUACUUGCUGCAAGAGCCCGAUUGGUUCGUCGUCUCAGUGACAGCUCCCUACCUCCUCCCCAUCUGGUCCCGCUUCAUCUAUGGAGCUCAUCUGCGCGAUGUCGAAGUCAUCGUCCUCGCUGCCGCCAUUUCCGUAGCAGCUGUUCUACUAGACGAGUAUCCACACAACUACUACCCCACUACUGUCCCACCAGGACGAUGCGUCUCAGACUUGAUGGAGCUAGUCUUUUCUCACUGCAGGACUAUUGUACGAGAAGAAAGACCACUGGCGGUAGAGAGGGUAGAUCUGGUGGACGAGAUGAUCGUCUCUGGAUUGUUCUUUGACUACUUGCGCUUCUCGAGGAAAUCAUCGGACGCUUGGCCUUGGCAUCGGGAGCACCUCUUGCGGUACGUGCAUAUGUUCCAGCUCAUGCCUGAUGAGAGCUCACAAGCUUGGCAGAGCUUCGAUGGACUGGAGAGGGACUUGAUCAGGAGAGUCUUGUGGCACACCAUCAUCUGUCUAAGAGUUUCGAAUCUCUACAAUGAUGGGUUUGAUGUUCUCGAAAUUCGAGAAGAGAAUCUCAAGAUCAGACUCCCCGGCUUCCAACCCUCGGAAGACGCCGAUGCUCCGCUGAUCUUCACUGCUUCACCGGCAGGACUGGACGAGACGAGCAAGAUCACCCUCAAGGCACCGUCCAGAUCGAUUGUCAGGCUACAUCGAGGGAAAUCAUCGGAAGAAGUUGCGGACUCGGCCUUCUCCUUCAAGAGAGCAGUCUCAUUGACUGCAAAGAUCCCCAGCAUCAGAGACUACGUCAAUGCAUUCAAGAGCUGGCAAGUGAGGAGACUGAAGCAGUUGCGGUUCGAACUUCGCAAAGGCUCUCCUGCACCAAGCCUGGAUCAUCAUCGCGAAGCACUGUUGCAUCAAGCUCUGGCCCUCACGCGCGAUUUGAAAUUCUGGAGGGAUCAGUGGGUCAAUACACGGUGGCCACCUGUCACCUACCUAGAGGACACUAGUGACUUUAUGCUCCUUCGUCAAGCGAACAAGGCGUCCAUCAUACACAUCGCUAUCGCUCAGUGUCUGAGCGCUAUUCUUAUCCCAUGGCUCACGGAAGACGUCAGCAAUAGGGAUGGCGGACCUGAAUCGCCUUUGCUGCUAGAGGUACAACGCGAGGCAUACGAGAGUGUCAGAGAGAUUGUCCAAUCCAUCGAUGCCACACGCGCACUGGUUACCAGCGGCCUAGUCACCUACUUUGGAAGCUUCGCCGCCUACGCCUUCUUCUACGCCGCUACUGCCCUCGCUGUUCCCCUGGUGGGAGCAUGGACGUUGCGCCAAGAGCCCAAAAAUGCAAUGGGCAGGUAUGGCAAGAUUCAGCUGCACGAUCGAUAUACUGAGCUGAAGCUUCAGCAGAAGAAGCCUAAUGCCGGAGUUGGAACCGAGAGGGCGUUUGAGGACGAUGAUGACCAGGAUGGAAUCUCGCUCAUGGCUCCCUCGACCUCUCUGGUCUUUACCGCAGAGGAGCUACGGAGUAUGGCAGCAGACCUGAUUCGUAUCCUCGACAUCCUCCCUGCCUUUAGGGCAAGUCCACUCAGCAGAGAAGCACGACAGCGGCUCAGCUACCUGGUGGAGACGUUUGGCAUCCAGCGCAGGGCAGAGGGAAUGACUGGACCUCCCCCUCCUCCUUCCCUCGAUGGGCAAGGACUCGGAACCUCGGACGUACCCACUCCCUUCACAUUCGAUGCCUUUGGCCGUUCUCUACUAGGGGACAAUCCAUUCGCCGUACCCGGACCAGGGGCAGGAGCGCCCCCUUUAUCCUCUUCCACCACCACUGGCUCCAGCUCUACUCCUGCCUGGACACCAGACAAUUCCACCACGACACCUGCAGCAAUGUCCACCACGACGGGAAAUGCGGCGUAUGCUCCUCCUGCGCCUGUUGCGGCUACGGGAGGAGAGAUGUUGGAUGCGCUCAUGCAGUUUGAUAAUCAGUGGUGGGAGAAGAUGCUGGGUACGGCGGGGAAUCCGGAUCAACAGCAGCAGCAGCAGCAGGGGGCGCAGGGAAGGGCGGGGUGAUUGGAGCGGGGAAUUGUAGAGUUCUGUAGAUCUGCCAAUGUCACCACUUUGGUAGCUUCACUCUGUCUCUAUACUAUCGUGACAUACUGCGACAUUUGUGCUCAACGGAGAGCUGAGCAAUGUCGUUCUUGAGGAGCUGAGCAACCGCACUCCUAUUCGGGCUAGGCGCUGAGUACAGCUAUGGCCAGUCAUUGAGAGAUGCGCACAAGGUAGCCG